AUGGCAUGUCUAAAGUUGAAAAAGUUCGAGGAGUUCCUGCAGACGGUUGACGGGUUCGAUAAUCCUAAAGUGACUUUAGAACAAUAUGUUACCCCUUCGCAUAUUGCCAGCCAUAUGUUGUAUAUGAUUCAGACUAACUAUGAUGAUUUGGAAAAUAAACUUGUACUUGAUUUGGGAAGCGGUGCCGGGAUGCUAAGUGUUGGAGCUUCACUUUUAGGAGCAGCGUAUGUUUUGGGGAUUGAAAUUGAUUCGGACGCAAUCGAGAUAUUCAAAAAUAAUGUUAGUGAGUUCGAUUUGAAUAAUGUAGACUGCGUUCGAUGGGAUGUAUUAAGAUUAGGAGAUGCCAACUUGAACUCUGCAUUUGAUACAAUCGUUAUGAAUCCGCCAUUUGGUACCAAACAAAAUAAAGGCAUUGACAUGACAUUUUUGCGUACUGGUCUCAAUUUAACUAAACACAGUUUAUAUUCCCUUCACAAAACAUCUACCAGAGAUCAUAUUAGGAAAAAAGCAAUUGAAUGGAAUGUAAGAGCCAGCAUCAUUGCAGAAUUGAAGUAUAAUUUACCUCACACCUACAAAUUUCACAAACGCACAAGCGUAGAUAUUGCGGUUGAUCUAUGGCGCUUUGAAAUUACAAAAAACAGCUUUCAUUAAAAUUAUGUCCUACAUAAUCAUAUACAUGGAAGAAAGAUUUUUCGAAUAAAUAUGGGUAUCAGUUUGCGUUAUCA